AUGGAAAAGAAGAUCCAAGAACUCAACCAGACAGUCAGUAGCGCGGAUGAAGAUACAGCCCUCCAAUCGAGCGAACUAUCUACAUUCCAAGAGAUGUACCAGGCGCUGUCAACCAAUAAUGUGGCCUCAAUUACGGCGUCCCAUAUACAAACAGUGUCCACUAUCAUUGAUAGAUGGCCUUCUGCUCAGGUUUUCCCAGUUAUUGAUCUUUUACGCUUGGUUCUGGCCAGUAGUCCAUCUGCGUUCAAAAGUGUUGAAACCAAGCAAGGCAUAGUCCAAGCGCUGCUCAAAACCGUUCAAAAGGAUACGGCAUGGGAAUCACCGCUCGAGAAGUCUCGUGAGACGAACCUUCUCCUAAUCCUAAGAACGAUCGCAAAUAUGUUUCAACCUGCCGUUGGCAAAGUACCCGCCUCAUGGACGACCGAUGUGAUGGUAAGCUUACAGGCCAUUCCUGCUGCCGUGUGGACGAAAGCGCAUCUUUUGGCCCUUGCAACUCUCCUCCUGAAAUCCUCAAAUGCGAAUCAAGACCAAGAAAAACACCUUGCCUUGAUUGAAAUGGAAACCCUAUAUCGGGCACUAAUAGCAUUUGGUAAUGUUCUAGGCAAGGCUACCGCAGGAUGGUUACGCUUAACCAGUGCAGUUGCAAAGAAAACCACCGAAAAGCGAACUCAAGAUUUAGUUCAUGAGGUUCAGAGUUUGAUACUCUAG